AUGCGGGGGUUGUUUGAAAAAUUGGGGAUGAGGACGGAUGAUGAGUAUGGGAGGAGUUUUGGGAGGUGUUUGGGAUUGAGUACCACCGGGAGUGCGAUGAGGAGGGCUUUGGUUAUGUAUAUGUUUUGGUUUGAUCAUACGAGUCGGGGAUUGAAUGAUUUGCUGCCGAAGCAGAGGGGAUUUUUACGGGGAUCGAUUGAUGUUGCGAAAAUCGAGGGGUUGGAAGGGGAUUUGCGAGAGUGUGGGAAGAUUUGGAAGGUUUUGGACGAGGGAGGUGCUGGGAGGCCGAGGGCGGAGAUGUUUUUUGUUCCUGUUGGGGGUGGGGAGCCUGUUGUUAGUCAGAUGCAGGUGUUGACGGAGAGGGAGAGUGUGGGGACGUUGAAGGCUGGGGAGGGAGAUGAUUGGGAUUGCACUGAUGAGUAG